GACCCGCCUGCCGUGAGACGCUUGACACAGGCGGAACAGACUUCGCUGAAGGUGAUCUUCUCUCUCGUCUCCCUUUCUCCAUUCGCUUCGCUCCGGAUCCAUCUUCUGGGUUUGCACUUUGCAGUUUGUUUUGAGACAGCACGAUGGCAGCGCUGAAGGAUCUCCUACCGCCGGCGAAAUCAUCGGCCUCUUCCUAUUAUGAUCAUUCCAAUGAUGCGUGGUUCAAACAGCGUUACAGUGCCGCUGAGGUAGAACGCACCUCUGUUCUCAAAUCUAAUCCUAUCCCGGCUUACCUGAAGCGUGCUGGUUUUACUCCCCGAAAGCCGGAGGAUUUUGGGGAUGGUGGAGCUUUCCCAGAAAUUCACUACGCCCAGUACCCUCUGGACAUGGGUAGGACCAAAAAUGCAAAGCCUGGAGGAGGGAAGGUUCUCCCUCUGACAACUGAUGCGAAUGGAGAUGUAUCAUAUGAUGCGAUUGUGAAGCAGAAUGAAAAUGCUUCAAAAAUUGUGUAUUCAAAGCACAAGGAUCUUAUUCCCCAAAUUUUGAUGGGUGAGGAGGAGGCUGAUGAUGAGGAGUUGCAAAAAGAGAUCGAGGAAACAACUCAGGAAACAAAAACUGCACUCGAAAAGAUUGUUAAUGUCAGACUAAGUGCAGCACAACCUAAGAAUGUUCCAAAGCAGUCGACAGAUUCAAAGUUCAUUAAGUAUAAACCAUCGCAGCAAUCAGCAGCCUUCAAUUCAGGAGCAAAGGAGAGGAUCAUUAGGAUGGUGGAGAUGCCAGUGGACCCACUUGAGCCUCCAAAGUUUAAGCACAAGCGUGUUCCAAGGGCUUCUGGUUCUCCACCGGUGCCGGUGAUGCAUUCCCCACCACGCCCGGUGACCGUGAAAGAUCAGCAGGAUUGGAAAAUACCUCCGUGCAUUUCGAAUUGGAAGAACCCAAAAGGUUACACAAUUCCACUGGACAAGCGUUUAGCAGCAGAUGGAAGGGGGCUUCAAGAGGUUCAGAUUAAUGAUAAUUUUGCCAAGCUUUCUGAGUCUUUGUAUGUUGCUGAACAGAAGGCUAGGGAAGCUGUUGCGAUGAGAUCUAAGGUUCAGAAGGAGAUGCUUAUGAAGGAGAAGGAACGGAAAGAGCAGGAAUUACGGGCUUUAGCUCAGAAAGCUAGGGCUGAGAGGACAGGUGGGCCCCCUGCAGCUGCUGUUCCAAUUCCUUCUGAGCAUAGUAUGAUGGGUGGUGAUGAUAUGAGAGGAGACCAUGAGCACACAAGAGAAAAGGAUGCCCCUAGGGAGACAAAAGAGGAAAGAGAGGAGCGGUUGCAAAGGGAGAAAAUUCGGGAGGAGCGACGCCGAGAGAGAGAAAGGGAGAGGAGGUUGGAGGCCAAAGAUGCUGCUAUGGGGAAGAAGAGUAAGAUUACAAGAGAUAGAGAUCGUGAUAUUAGUGAGAAGGUUGCUCUUGGCAUGGCUUCUACUGGAGCAGGGAGAGGAGGGGGGGAGGUUAUGUACGACCAGAGACUGUUCAACCAGGAGAAGGGAAUGGACUCUGGGUUUGCCACAGAUGAUCAGUACAAUGUGUAUGACAAGGGCUUGUUUACUGCUCAACCUACACUAUCCAGUCUUUACAGGCCGAAGAAAGAUAUGGAUGAGGAUAUGCAUGUUGGUGCGGAUGAGCAGCUUGAUAAGAUUUUGAAGACAGACAGAUUCAAACCGGACAAGGGAUUUGCAGGUGCAUCUGAGAGAGCAGGACCAAGAGAUAGGCCUGUUGAGUUUGAGAAAGAGGCAGAAGAAGCUGAUCCAUUUGGAUUGGACCAGUUCUUGACCGAGGUGAGGAAGGGAAAGAAGGCCAUGGAAAAAGUUGGUAGUGGUGGGACCAUGAAAGCAAGUGCUGGUUCUUCAAUGCGAGAUGGCUAUGAUGGAGGCUCUGGAAGAACCCGCAUUGGGUUUGAAAGGGGCCGUUAAUUGUAAAGAUUCCCAGCUGCAACUGUUGUAUUGCUGUUAGAGAAUUAUGCCGGUUUAGCUUGCCACUGAUAGACAGAUCUUUGAAGUGGCUUCUUCAGAUAAAGAUUUGAUGCUUGCUCUUAGCAAGUGGGAUGAUUUAAUGUCAUGUGGUGCUUGCUUAACAAUCUGUAGUCAUUCUGUGUUUUGUGCUGUUGAAAUAUAUUAGUCUUUUAAUAAUUGUAUAACCACUGUUUCUGUUCAUAUUCCUGAAUGAUGUUGUGUUGCAGAGACCUGGAGUUUAGACGGUGGUUAAUUUUCCAUAUCUUACUGUGCAUGCUUUGGACAAUAAAUAGUGUUGGAAUUGCAUUUUCAUGGCAACCUAAAUUUAAAGGAAAGGACUUCAUUCAUGCGUGAGACUGAGCUUGCACGAAUGUGAUAAACCUGGAUGUGAAGAAUGACCAGCUCUUUCCUUCCUGUCCAUGCUUGAUCUUGCUGAGCAGGGGAAGGUACUGUCCGUGCUUGACCUUCCCGCUUCUUGGAGGUCAAAUUAACUGCCAGUCUAACUUGAUGGCUACCUUGUCUUCUCGGCCACCAGAACUUCAUCUGCAGAAGGUUUACUGUGUGCCGUUCUGUUAAUCAUAAAUUUGCAAUGGUCAGCCGCAAUCCUAGUUUGCUACGUUGCUACAAUGCUUCCCCUUAGGCCUAGGCUUUUACCCAGUUUUCAAUUGCUAGUUUUUGUAGGAUUCUGAACUCUGCAAUGUAUUGUAUGGACAAACACAUGGUUAUCAGAUCAUAACCCUGUUGGGGAAUAA